AUGACCGUAAAUACUGAGCCUCAAGCAUUGCUGUCGCACCUGCCUUGUGCUGACGGUUCUGCGACAUUCUCCUUCGCGGGCUACACCAUUGUUGGGGCCGUCAAUGGGCCCAUCGAGGUCCAGAGACGAGACGAGCUGCCCGAGGAGGCUGUUAUUGACGUAGUCGUACGACCCGCCGCAGGGGUUGGAGGAGCGAGAGAACGACAUCUAGAAUCACUUCUGCAGUCCACCCUCCGCCAGAUCAUCCUCGUCGACAACUUCCCACGAACUUUGAUACAAAUCACCUUGCAAGUCACUGUAGCACCCGAGAACGAAUACUUAAACACCAAGCUUAUCCAGGCCAGCUCGAAUCUACCCAUAUUACCGGCCUUGAUACAGACUUCCUUACUGUCGCUGCUCUCGGCGGCUAUUCCCCUGACGGCCACCUUGACAUCGACCGCUUUCGCCGUUCUCUCGGAAGAGGGAAACCGUCGCAUUGUGAUCGACCCUACAGCUCGUGACGUUGAGCAGGCGGAAUCCCUGCAUGUUUUUGCAUUUACCUCUCACGGCGAGCUUCUUCUCGCUGAGAGCGAGGGUAACUUCACCAUGGACGCGUGGGACCAGGUGGUGACCAUGGCUCAAAGCCAAUGCUGUCCAAUGAGAUUCGAGAACGUGGACAUGAUGGGCGACGAUGCGGAAGCUGGCGCAGACUUGACCCGGUUUACUCGCUCCAUCGUGGAAGCGAAGAUAGCCUCGGAUCUUUACUGGAAGUGA